AGACUGGUGAGAGCCGGGCCGGUCCCAGCCCUGCGCCGUGUGGGGAGCGCCUGGCAUCGCGUGCUGCGCUGGAUUUCUCCGGACAGUGGUGGGUCAGUACUGCGGCAGUGCUGGGGAGGAGGAGGAGGCGGUGGAUGGACGCUCCUGUUGGGGUGCUCUGUCCCUGGGGGUGAUGGGGACACACCGGGCUGCGGGUGCUCCUGAGCGUUUGACCUGGCACGUGGCCCCAGGCCAUGCUGGAGGGAUGAGGGGAUCCCGUGCUGCCGCCCUGAAGCCCUCCUGGCAGUGGGGCUGAAGCUGUCCAUGGAGCUGCUGGCAAGCGAGGAGCCGGGGCCUGGCCCCCAAUGCACACAGACAGCUGCUGAAAGCAACCCUGCUGGGCAGCAGGAUGAACCUGGGGGACUGGGGGGCCCUGAGGAGCCACCCCCACUCUGCAGUGAGACACGCAGCACAGCCUGCGGUCACGGGAGCCCGACGGUGGCUGAGGAUGUGGCAGAAUCGCCCCUACACGGCUGCCACGAGCCGCCUGGCCACAGUGCUGCCCUGGCAGAUGGACAGGGUCCCUCCACCGCAUCCAACCCUGUGCUGCCCCGUGGGGAGAGCCCGCUGCCCCCGGAGGGGUCACCCAGCCUGGAGAGCUCCUCCAGCUCCACCUUGAGCCUCUCAGCUGAGGGCAGUGAGAUGGCGAGCAGUGAGAGCACAGUGCCGGGGCUGUGCUGCGCGCCAGUGGGCAGUGAGGACGAGUGCCCCAUCUGCACGGAACCCUACGAUGACGAGCAGCACAAAGCAGCCCUGCUCAACUGCAACCACGGGCUGUGCCAUGCCUGCCUGCGUGCCAUCAUGGACACGGCCGACGGCGCCGAGUUUGGCCGUGUGCGCUGCCCCAUCUGCCGCCAGAAGACCCCGAUGCUGGAGUGGGAGAUCUGCAAGCUGCAGGAGGAGCUGCUGCUGCUGCAUGCUGAGCCUGGGCCGCCCACAGCCCUGACCGCCCCCCGGCCCCCUGCGCUACCGCCCCGCCGCCCGGGCCUGGCCGGUGCCCUGGAGCAUCACUUCCAGGUGCGCUUCCACACCAGCCGCAUGUUCGGCUGCCUGCCCUGCGUGCGUUACCCGCCCGGCCUCAUCCGUGCACUGGGGCGGCUGCGGGGCCGCUGCCGCUGCUGCUACCUCCUGCUGCUGGCCCUGCUGCUGGUGGCCGAGCUGCUCAGUUUGCUGCUCAUCUUCCUCCCCAUUGUCCUGAUGGUGCUGCUCUUCCUCAUCCUCGAUAAGUAGCUCUGGGGCUGUGUCCCUGGGGGCUGCAGUGCUGCCGGUGAGCCCUGAGCAGGUGAGGCGGCCCCAGAGCCAGGCAUCGCCCGUGUCCUGCGGGGCACAGCGUGCUGUGAUGCCAUGGCCACAAAGGGACGGGUGGAUGGGGGCAGGAGCUGGGCUCUGCCUGCCCGCACUGAGGACAUGUCCCCGGAGGGGCUCUGCUGGCAGAGCAGGACUGAGCUGUGUAUGGUUGGGACAGAUGGAUUGGGGUUUCCCCAGCACGGACUGAAAAUACAAAUUGUGUUUGCACCAUGA